AGAACCAUCGAGUAGGUCAGGCCUGCCUGGGAACAAACGAGGCCCCUGAGAGCGCCACCUACUUCAAAGGACAAAAUCCCACAGCAGAACUAGGAGUCAGCAAUGGCGAAGCCCCAGGUGGUGGCAGCUCCUGUACUAAUGUCUACGCUGCCGGCAAAUGCCCCUGAAUUUUACCCAUCAGGUUAUUCUAAUUAUACAGAAUCCUAUGAAGAUGGUUGUGAGGAUUAUCCCACUCUAUCAGAGUAUGUUCAGGAUUUUUUGAAUCAUCUCACCGAACAGCCUGGCAGUUUCGAAACUGAAAUUGGACAGUUUGUAGAGACCCUGAAUGGUUGGGUUACAAUAGAUGAUGCUUUGCAAGAACUUGUGGAACGUAUCUAUCAACAGGCUACGUCUAUCCCAAAUUUCUCUUACAUGGGAGCUCGCCUGUGUAAUUACUUGUCCCAUCAUCUGACGAUUAGCCCACAGAGUGGCAACUUUAGUCAAUUGCUACUUCAAAGGUGUCGGACUGAAUAUGAAGUUAAAUAUCAAGCUGCAAAAGGUGAUGAAGUGACUCAAAAACGAUUGCAUGCAUUUGUACUCUUCCUGGGAGAACUUUACCUUAACCUGGAGAUCAAGGGAACAAAUGGACAGGUUAUGAGAGCAGAUAUUCUUCAGGUUGGUCUUCGCGAGUUGCUCAAUGCCCUCUUUUCUAAUCCUGUGGAUGAAAACUUAAUUUGUGCUGUAAAAUUACUGAAGUUGACGGGGUCAGUUUUGGAAGAUGCCUGGAAGGAAAAAGGAAAGACUGAUAUGGAAGAACUUAUUCAGAGAAUUGAAAAUGUUGUCCUAGAUGCUAACUGCAGCAGAGAUGUAAAGCAGAUGCUCCUGAAACUUGUAGAACUCCGGUCAAGCAACCGGGGUAGAGUCCACGCAAUUUCUACAUACAGAGAAGCAACACCUGAGAAUGACCCGAACUACUUUAUGAAUGAGCCAACAUUUUAUACAUCUGAUGGUGUUCCUUUCACUGCAGCUGAUCCAGAUUACCAAGAGAAAUAUCAAGAAUUACUUGAAAGAGAAGAUUUUUUCCCAGAUUAUGAAGAAAAUGGAACAGAUUUAUCCGGGGCUGGUGAUCUGUAAGUUCUCUUUUGAAAGAUACUUGCAUGAUAUUGAUGAUGAGAUGGACCCAGAGAUAGAAGAAGCUUAUGAAAAGUUUUGUUUGGAAUCAGAGCGUAAGAGAAAGCAAUAAAGUUAAAUUUCAGUGUAUCAGUUUUAUAAAACAGUUUAGGUAUGGUGAUUUAGCAGAACGCAGGAAACCAAGAAGAUUUGUCACUCUUAUACCAAAUUAAGGAUGUUGAAUUACGUUACUAAUGUUUGCAACUUUAAUUUUGUUUAACACUAUCUGCCAAAAUAAACUUUAUUCCCUAUAACUUAAA